UUUCAUGAGUAUUUCAUUAAGAACUUAGCGUGUAUAUCAACAACAGAGGCAUUUGAUCAUGAACUUUGACAGUAAAGUAGUGUUAAUCACAGGAGCCAGCUCCGGUAUUGGUGCAGCUGCUGCAGUAAAAUUCGCCGAAUUGGGAGCUUUACUAAUUCUAAAUGGUCGUAAUGAGGAAAAUUUGAAGUCCGUAGCAGAACAGUGCUCUGCCGUUGGUAAGGAGCCACAUUUGGUCAUAGCAGAUAUAUCAAAGGAAGAUGACACGGAACGACUUUGGCAGGAAACUUUAAAGAAAUAUAACAAGCUGGACGUAUUGGUUAACAAUGCUGGCAUCAUAGAAAUAGGUAGUAUAGAGAAUACUAGCCUCGGACAAUAUGAUCGUGUGAUGAACACCAAUUUACGUGCUGUGUAUCAUCUAACAAUGUUGGCUGUACCGGAAUUGGUAAAAUCAAAAGGGAAUAUCGUAAAUGUAUCAAGUGUGAAUGGCAUACGUUCAUUCCCCGGUGUACUAGCAUACAAUAUUUCUAAAAUGGGCUUGGACCAAUUCACUCGAUGCAUCGCUCUGGAACUUGCUCCAAAAGGUGUUCGAGCAAAUUGUGUUAAUCCUGGAGUAGUUGUCACAAAUAUACACAAACGCGGCGGCAUGGAUGAAGAAACAUACCAAAAGUUUUUGGAACAUUCCAAAACUACACACGCUCUAGGUCGACCUGGUACCGUAGAAGAGGUAGCAAAUGCAAUUGCAUUUUUGGCCAGCGACUUGGCCACUUUUACGACCGGCACUAGUUUAUCAGUAGAUGGAGGACGUCACGCAAUGUGUCCACGGUGAUCUGAACACAUGUGCUUAAUGUGCCGUAAUUUGUUUUUUUUUCCUAUGAAUUUGUUUUAGUUUUUAGAGGCGUUAUGUAUAUAUGUACAUAUCUAUGUUAAAAUAAUGUGGAAAUAAAAUAUGAUUUUUUUAUUCAA